UUUUGAUUAUGAAGAUGCUGACUAUGAGACAUCUGAUUUAGUAAAGGUAAAUUACUUAUUGAAUGGAAAGGAAGUUGAUGAACUGACAAUGCUAGUUCAUGUAUCACGUGCUAGAGACAUAGCUGUGAGAGUCUGUGAAAAACUUCAGAAAAAUAUUCCCCGCCAGAAUUUCCUUAUAGUGAUACAGGCUGCAGUAGGUAGUAAAAUUCUUUGUCGUGAGGAUAUAAAGCCGUACAGGAAAGAUGUUACAGCUAAAUGUUAUGGUGGUGACAUAUCUAGGAAGACAAAGCUUUUAAAACAACAAGCUGAAGGAAAAAAGAAAAUGAGGUUGAUAGGUCGUAUAGAAGUUCCUAGAGACGCUUUUAUUAAUAUAUUGAGAAAAUAAGCUGUCAUACUUUGCUACUAUUGUUUAUUUAUUUUGUUGAUCAAUAAAGAACAUUGUUAAAUUACA